UGUAGCUGCUGCUGGCUGCUGCAGGCGUGCUAUUUGCGGCAGAGGAGAGAGACCUCUGCGAAAUGCCUUUUGUAUUCCCGGGUGGUAUUUUUUGUUUAGUUUUGUGUUUUGCGAGGGUCAGAUCACAGUGUUUGUAGCCAUGCUCUGUGGUGGAUUCAGCGGGCUGUCCUAGCUGACUGAGCCGCUCCAGCAGCGGUGGGUCCGGUGCAUUGCACAGCCGGGGAUGAGGCCUACUUGUUAAAGCUCCCCCACCACCCCUCCACCGUGAUGGCUGAUGAUCAACAACAACCUGGUCAGAAGCCUGCCUCGGGAUUAGGCUCUCUUCCAGCGCUGGUGCCAGGACUCCAGGGGCCCGAGGCAAACGCGUUACAGUUCAAAAUAAAGAAUUCAAUUUGCAAAUCUGUACAAUCAAAAGUGGACAGCAUAUUGCAAGAUGUUGAGAAGUUUACAGACAUCGAAAAACUCUACCUCUACCUGAAGUUGCCUUCUGGUCCCAGCAGUGGCAAUGAUAAAAGGACUGAGAAUGAGAGGGGGUCCUCCACUCCUGGAUUAUGUGAUCAGAGUUCCAUGUCGUCAAGCCGUACUCAACAGAUGUAUGCAUUCAACUGGAUUCGGAAUCACCUAGAAGAGCACCCAGAGACUUCUCUCCCAAAGCAAGAGGUGUAUGAUGAAUACAAGAGCUAUUGUGACAAUCUCGGCUACAACCCACUGAGUGCAGCAGACUUUGGAAAGAUCAUGAAGAAUGUCUUUCCUAACAUGAAGGCACGUCGACUGGGCAUGAGGGGCAAAUCCAAAUACUGUUAUAGCGGGUUAAGGAAGAAAGCUUUUGUUCACAUGCCGUCCUUACCCAACCUGGAUCUGCAGAAAUCAGGUGAUGGGUGUGAGCUGAUGGAGUCAACAGGCCAGUCCCCGAGCGCUGAAGAUGAAAUGAGAUCUGCAGCCUGUGGACUGGUGUGUGAGUGGGCCCAAAAGGUCCUGAGUCGUCAGUUUGACAACGUGGAGGACCUGGCCCGCUUCCUGCUCAAUAGCCACUACAUUGGUACUAAGUCCAUGGCUGCGCUCACUGUUAUGACCGGAACACCUACAGGAAUGAAGACACCAACCCCAGCCUCUGCGUUUGUGCCCACAGCUGAGGCAAACUCUUUCCAGCCCCAAGUGAAGACCCUGCCCUCUCCCUCUGUUGAUGCAAAGCAGCAACUGCAGCGCAAGAUCCAGAAGAAGCAGCAGGAGCAGAAGCUCCACUCACCCCUCCCCAGUGAGUCCCAGAUCAAGAGAACAGAGGCCAGUACCCCCGGCCCCACCAUCCCUUGUGGCAGCCCUGCUCUGCUCUCCCCUCAGCCCACCAUAGGCAUCGUAGUAGCAGCUGUCCCAAGCCCAGUCACGGUACAGAGAAGCAGGCAGUUAAUGACCUCACCCAGCCCUGUAGGGACAGCAGAGGGGAAAGUGUUGCCUGUGAACUUCCAAGUGGUCACUCAGUCUCUUAAACAGUCCCCCAAAACUCCCCAGAAUAUCUCUGCUAGUCCUGUGGGUGAUCGGCUAGCACGACAUGGUACACGGUACGCCCAAAUUCUGCCUAAGCCCUCUGCCACCAGUGCCAUCACGCUGCGCUCACCCCCCACCCUGCUCAUCACCAACAGCCCCAUAAAAACUGUGAUGCCCACCCCCCACGUCAGCUCAGUCAACGUGGUGAAGAUGACGGCCAUCGCCCUGGCUCCCAGCAGCAGCAGUGCAACUGUGCGUCCAGCCUCGGCGGGUCUGAGUACCAUAGCUGCUUCGGACGAUUCCCUGCAGCCACAUGUUGUGAGCUUGGUUGCCCCUCAGUCUCCAGCAAUCAGACCCGGUGUCCCAGUCUCCACCCCAAACCUCUCCACUGACACCAAAAUGUUGUGUGAAGCUGGAAAUGACACAGAGAAAACUGCUAUUGGGGCCAAAGAUGAAAGAGUGGCAAAGUUCAGGGCUGCCAGUGAGCCGAGCUUCCUGGUUAAGUGUUCUCUGGGACCAGACAAAGGGGCAAGGAUAAAAAGUGACCCCACACCCCCUCCCACAUCAGUAGCUGUAGCUGGGACUCAGGACAGCAAUAACAGUAACUGCCAUGACAGUACUUUGUACUUGACUGUUGAUAAUCAGAACUCCAACAUGUCAUCCAAUGGCUCCUCCACUGUUACCCCAACAUUGAAGGAUCCCUGCUCAGAUGCCAAGAGCCCCAGGAAGCGUACAGGCUCGAGCGGGGAGUCCCAUGUGAUUCCAGUAAAGAGGGUGUUUAUUUCCCAGCAGCCACUGUCUGUAGUUGACAAUCCCAAACCUGGAGUCAGUGCUGCAGUGAAGAGGAUCCCCAGACCGGGAACCCCUGCCAGACCUGAUAGUGCCCCCUGCAAAGUGACUGUGAAACACACCUCCAUAGGGCCCACACAGAUCCUUGCACUCUCUGACUCGCCCAUCACACACACUGAGGGCUCCCAGACUGUUGUCAAACCCCAGGCCUUGGUAGUGAAACGAGAAGACCAUUCACUCAGCACUGAUACCAGCACUGGAGCAGCUGGAAACAACACGUCUGAUCAGGCGUUGCUACAGCAGAUCAUACCAGCCAACUCAGGAGCACACGAAGCCUCUGUGAUGAGUGACUUAAAGAGCACAAUAUGGGAGGAGGGACAGCUUGAUGAGAUUCGGAAGCAGGCGUUUGCUCAGCAGAUACCAGCAGAUCACAAACAAGCCCCUACAGACCAACUUUCGAUUAUAGCUCAACCCCCCGAGGGCUCAGGCCAGCUCACCCUCACGCAGGAGAUGGUUGACUUUGCAGGUUCUCAGCCCAACAUGGACUACUUCCCGUUCAAUGAUGAUGACAUGACCCAGGACAGUAUCGUUGAGGAGCUAGUCCAAAUGGAGGAGCAGAUGAAGCUGAAGGGUCUAUUCAAUAGCUGUGUUGACGUGUCUUUACAAGGCCAGUCAGCCAGCAAUCAAGGCUCUAUCCUAAAUGCUCACCAGGCUGGCACUACCUUCUAUCACUCUGCCCACAGCAGUACCACUCCUGUCCAAACUCCCACUCCAACACCCACUCCAACCCCGACACCCACCCCCACUUCUGAAAUGACGCUUGGGCACAGCUUGACGAGAGAGAGCCCCUGCUCUCGCAUGGCUCCUAUCACCCCUGUGGAAGGAACCAUGGGUCGCCACACCCCCAUCAGCACACCCUUGUCCAAUUGCAGCAGCAGCGUCCCCCCAAGCCCGGUGGAGUGCAGGAACCCUUUUGCAUUCACUCCUAUAAACUCAAGCAUCACAGGUUAUCAUGAUGCCAGCAUUGUCUCCAGCAGCCCUGUGAAGCCCAUGCAGAGGCCAAUGGCAACACACCCUGAUAAAGCCAAACUUGAGUGGAUCAACAACCGCUACAACAGCAACUCUGCAGGUCCUUUGUCCAACCAUAGCAUUGGCAUUCUGCCCAGCUACCAAGACCUGGUAGAUGACCAGUUUCGUAAGCCACAUGCCUUUGCAAUUCCCGGUCAGUCAUUUCAGGCUCAGUCGAGACAGGAUUCUACUCACUUUGGGCGUUUGACCCCCAUUUCCCCAGUGCAGCAACAGCAGCAGCAACAACAACAGCAGCAGCAGCAGCUGGUAACAGGUGUAACUACUCCCACUAAACAGGAGAGUUUUGCUGUGCCUGCACCAUUGGACAACAAGGCAUCAACCUCAUCUGUGUCCAGUACUUUCCGUUGCCGCAGUGUUAGCCCUGCAGUGCGCCAGAGAAACUUCAGCGGUAACACUGGCCCUCCAACAACCACCACAAAUACCACCACCACCCGAGCUGUUGUUUCACCCUUUAACUCCCCCCUCACCUCUGAGGUGCUCAACAUCCUGUCCAACAGCCAGACGGUCAGCUCUGUCCACAGUAUGGUCCAGCGUAGCCAAUCUGUACCUCUGAAUAUCAUGAUGCAGAGUGAGAUGCUGCCUGUGCAGGGUCAGAGUAACGCCGCCAAAAUCACCAAUGUUCUUCUUAGCAAGAUGGAAGCUGAUGGGGAUGAUUCUGUCCGUGGCCUAGGCAUAAACAACCUCCCCUCUAACUACACGGCCCGUAUGAACCUCACACAGAUCCUGGAGACCACUCCUGGCUUUGCUGGAGGAACUACUCACCAGACCCAGCUGCCUGUUAGCUCCAGCCCUGCUGCCUUUGAGCUCCAGCAGCAUGGCUACCUCACCACUGGCAGUGGAGAACAGGUGAGCUUCUCCACUGGGGACAGCCAAGCACAAGCGGGUCCUGGUGAGCAAGACCAGCAGCAGCAGCAGCUCCAGGAGAAUCCUGUGCAGACACAACCGCAGCUGCUCCUCCAGAGCACACAGCAGCAGGAGGUGGAGGAUGAGCAACAACAGCUGGAUUUCAACAACACUGUCAAGGACUUGUUGGGGGAUGAUGGCCUCAACCCCAGUUCCCAGUUGGUGGGUCAGGUAGCUUCGGAGCUCAAUGCCGUGGCGUCUGACUUCUCAAAUGACAUCAGACUGACCUCAGAUCUGUCCAGUAGCAUCACUGACCUUAACACGUUGGACACCAACCUGCUGUUUGAUCCUAAUCAACAACAGGAACAAUAUGAAGACUCAACACUGGAAGAACUGAAGAACGACCCGCUGUUUCAGCAGAUAUGCAGUGAUACUGUGAACUCUGGUUUUGACUGGCUAGAAAGCAAAGACCAGCCUACUACAGUAGAGAUGCUGGGCUAAUGUUAUCUUUUAUUCUGUAUGAUUUCUGUUCUUUGUUGUUUGUUUGGUGCGUAUGUAGUAUAUCUGUUUUUAAACUAUAGUUUGUUGGGAUUUGUCUGGACUUUGCCAUUCGUUCUGUUAAAAGUGCCAGGCUUACCAGAAAAUCUCUCCUACUGACCUUUAGUUACUUCUCUCCUUUUCCAUUUGUCACCCGGAGUUUCAGUACUUAACCACUUUUCUCCCCCAUCUAAAAUUAGAAAUGUAAGCAUUACAAGUUAAAAAGUGUGAGUACUUGGUGGCAGCAUGCACUUGCAAAGAGCAGGUUUGUAUGGGAUGAACAUUAAGAGAAACAUAAUCUUCCAUGUUAUAACCAAUCAAUAAUGCAAUAUUUGUAUUUAACAAACACUUAAAGGUGGGUUAUGUGAUUCUAAUCCAAUACACAUCAUGUAUAGUUCAGCAAAUAUAUCUUCUCGGUCCGCUAGCUGUCCGUCCUUUGUGUGUGCUGAAAAAAAUCUGGUUUGUACACAGCCGUGGCUCUGUAAAUGGGAAACAAAGUGGCUCGGACCCCACCGCACAAUGCUGUUCCAGCCAUUCCACCCAUAAUUUAUGUGGCCGGUUCGCCACGAGAUGCUGUUAUGACGUGAGCUAUAGUAGCAGGAGAGUUGUGAAUAUUGUUGUCUGGAGCUGGUGUGCUGGCUCUGGGAACAUCUCGUCCUCUCUUAUUGUCAGCUUUGCAGCAGCUGUUUGCUAACCCACAACUUAGCCAAUAUUAGUUACAUUACUUGCUGUGUUGUUGUUCACCCUAUAUCAUGGUAGUUGUCAUGGUAUUGAAUUUCCCCAGAAUCGCAUUCCCCACCUUUAUUGAAAGUGAGAUGGCUAGGAAAUUUGGCACAAAAGACCAAAAAACGUAUACGGUUGUAUACUGUUUCAGUGUGCAAUUCAAGUUCAACCAAAUGGAGACGAUAUUGGGAUUUUAGUAUAUGCACAUAAUAGUUGUAGUACAUCUGCCUGCCAUAUCUGAAUAUUAAAAAGGGUAGCAUCUUAUGCUACCAGGUGCUGAAUUUAUGACAUAAUCUUUAUACUUUAUCAUAAACCAAAUCAGUGGAAACUGAUUCACAUCUGAGCAUUGUCCAACAGUGAAAUUUUCUCAAAGCCUAUACUUCUUGUACUGUUUAAUAUCUUAUAAAGGGAGUAGAUGAAUCAGUGGGGAGAAGAUGGGAAUUCAGGCCACUUUGUGGACUAUACAUUGAAAGGAAUUAACAACUGGCUGCCUUAUUCCCAAAGUCCAAGGCCUUAUGCCAUCUUUAGAGAGACUGUAUAUAGUAUAAUGUUAAGAAUCUUCUGAACCAUCCAGAGCUUCGUCAUAUCAAGGCAGCUGUUACUCUGAUAUUUUCAGUACUAUUUCUUAUUGUUUUUAUUUUGCUGUGUUACGAUAUAGAUGUGUAUAGUAUAGGCUAACAACUACACUGUGUGUGUCCUUAUCAGCAAUGGAUUUAGAGGAAUUCAAUAUGCUGUCAUUUCAUGAAAACCAUGGCAGGCACACUUUCAGUCAUGAGAUUUUUUUUGGCAUGCUAUACUCCCAGCUUGGAUAAGAAUAUCAAUGGUAUGGAGAAGGCUUAGUUACAUAGAAGGCUAGAGGUUGACAUGUAUGUUUUGAUGUCAUCUUGAGAUCAAGAGGUAAUGAAAUUAUUAUGUUCGCGGAGAAUCCAGCCUUAUUUCCAUACCAAAGAUGAUCUGUUUGAAUAACAUAAGAGAUUAUUACACAUAGAGACACUCCUUAUACACAUUAACAACAACGGGAAACGGGCAGCCUCGGAGAUAUAACGUGUUAUUGCGUUUGAGGAAAAGGAUUAAGUUGCAUAAAUCUUAUGUACAGUAUGUAAAUUUGUGAAAUGGUCACUGUCCUAUGUUUUAAAGGUAACCAUGGACCUGAAAGCAUGUUGAAACCAUCACUGCUAGCCAGGUAGGCUUUGUGAUACAGUAGGAUGCUUGCUUGAGAUUUUGGCUAUUGUCAAUGUUGUAUAAGUCUUGUUUAAGCUCCAUCUGUAAAUAGAAUAGAUACAUAGAGAUUUGAUGUAUCAAGACACUAUAUUAUGGCCAUUAUUCUAGCUAAGUAUGUGCCAUUUAAAAGAAAAAAAAGCUUAACAGAUCUAUAGUCGGCAAGAUGCUCUAUGUUGUGUGUUACAUUUCUGGCUCAGUGUGUCGUAAAAGUAAUGCUGUCUGGUCUCGCUUGCUGAUUUUAUUUUACUUUUUUUCUAUUCAAAGAUAAUAGGUCUCUGCGGUUGCAGAAGUGAUGUGUGCUUUGAGCAGGAUCAAUAGCAUGGUAUAUUGAGAAAAAAAGUUGUGAUACUGUUAGCUGGUUGCAAACAUCUCUGUGACAGACAUUGUGCUCAAAGCCUUUCAGCAGACACUGGAAAAAAACGAUUACUCAUGUUUCAACAAACUUUGGAGGUUCACAUUAUUGCACUAAAUUUUUAUGACACAUGGCUUUGCCAUAUCUUUAUGGACAAAUGUAAUGAUGGAUGCCCACAAAAAAAAGAAAAAAAAUAUUUUUUAUGACAAAGAUGAGUAGGGAAAUUAACUAUCUGUCAGAAAAUGACUAAUUGUCUUGUAGCAAAAUGUGCAUUAAUCUCAGUGAGAUACACAUUUCUUACUCAUUCUCAUACAUGAGAAUAUAAAGCAUUGAGGGAAAAAAGUUAAAUAACCUUUUAAAACCUACAUGCUCAUUAUGUUGAUAAAUGAUUGUACGCACGCAUGUGUGAUGACUUCUGUUGUACUUUGUAUUCUUGGUAACCACUGUCUUCUGUGAUUUGGGCAGGUUCUGUUAACCAGACUGGCAGUGCUAGUUUCAUAAGUUACAUUACUUUUGUUGUGUGCUGUUUACUAAGUUAAUGUUGUUCUAUGUUAAUGACUGUUUUCUGUCAAUUUUACAUAUUCUUGUUUUGCAAAAUGCAUUUUUGAAGAAAUUUAACAUUUUCUCUUGUUUUUUUCUUUAACAAUAAGGCACUGAUAUUUGAAUUUGAAUGAAGGAAAUGCACCUCUUUAUGAGUACAGGAGCUCCAUCAAGCAGUGACUCUGAUUCUUUACCUUUGACUGACCCAGAACCAACUCUGUUUGACUAUCUUGUCCAUUUCUACCAGUAAAAAAAAACCCUCCUCUGUGGUGUUGUCUGGUGUACUGCUUAAUGUACAGUAGCUUGUUAAUAUUGCAAACGCGUUGUUUCUUUUUUCAAUGGAAAGUACUCACUGGUGAGAUUUUUAAAGUGGUUUUAAAAGCCAAUAAACUUUUUUAAAGAAUGUU